GUUCAAAAGAUUUUCUAGAUAUGAAUGUACGGUAUAUCCAUGAAUUCAUUGAUUUCUUGAUAAUUUGGUGUGUUCUCCUUUGUUUACAAAGGAUAUUUUGCAAAUUUCCUGUAGAAAGAAAUAUGGCACUGAUGGAUUUCCAUAGAGUUAUGAUUGAUUGGAUCAAGGAUCAAUCAUAACUCUUUGUAAAACGGGGCCCAAUAGUGAACGAUGUAACCAUAGAGCUAUAAUAACCCAGAUGCAAUUCGCCGUCAUAACAUGCAUCAGCAGCUGCAUCAAGUGACACAAGUCCGUCGUCCCGCAUCAAGUGCGCGAUACAGAAACUUCGACUUCGAGCUAGAGCAGGCGGUAAUGUUGUAACUUUAAACUUCUGUGUGGGCUCGUUAUUCUUGCCCUUGGAAGGAAAGUAGGUAAAGUCAAUCAAGCGAGAAUGGAAAGCAGCCAACAACAGAGAGAGAACAGAACCAACACCUUAUCAGAGGAACAUGUCCAGAGUGCUAUAGAGACGGUGCUAGCUAAUAGAGUCCAGUCCUAUCAAGAGUUUAUGAGUGCUUUCACAGUGUUAACGCCGGAUGAUGUGAACCAGUUUUCUGCUCGGAGGUCAAAUCAAAGGGUCGAAGGUCAAGUUGCGACUCCUGAAGGGUCAGAGGUGACUUCCCAACUAUUUCAGAUGUGUUCGUCAUCACCCACUCCACCAAAGCAGCAAGGAAGGGAUGUUCAACAAGUUGAAGAGCUGGAGAUUGAGGAGUUGGGAGAGGACUUCAUUAAUGAGAGGGAACGCAUCUCAUCUGAUGGCCAGAGAAAGUCCACAAAAUACACCCAGGUUGAUAAUUAUCUAGACGAACCGGACAGUGAAAGUGAGCUUCUCAGCGAUGAUGAUGAAAUCAAUUUUGAUGACUCCAGCACCAACUACGUGGCUUCAUUCGACACACAGACAGAAGCAGAGAGGGAAGCAGCAAAAAGUGUCCCUCCCACUGUCACUCCAGAGAUGGUGGAAAAAGUGAAUGAGCAAGAUAGUGUAUCUGAAACAAGUAUUCAAGAGAUUUCAGAAUCAACUGGAAGACUGUCCGCACUGGAUCUUUACCCUGGUGAAGCGGAUGCUGCAGAAGACACAUCAUCCAGUCCGAGUCAUACUGUACACAUAACUCAGUUACCAAGUGCUACAGUCACUGAUCCACCUACAUGUAUAGAAAUCGGUGGAGCUGAAAGCAGUUCUGAGGUGCCUCCGGAUGAUGUCCAGCCGUUCAGCAUCGAUCCUGACUUUGACUACGACAAUGUCAUCCUCACCCCCAAAUGGGCGCCUGGUCAUGGACCUCCAUCUGGAUUUAUGCCGUCUGGAAGCUGAGGAACCCUGAUCUGUUAGCCCUUGUCCAACCAGGAGAUCGGAGUGCAAUAUAUGGUAUACAUGGUAUUGGUGAAUCUGAGAGUGAGAGGGUUAAGUCUAGAAGACCCUUAAAGUUAGAAGCCAAGGGCAAUCGCUGCAUCUGUGGCUAGCUGAUUAGGUGUUACAGCAUUGGCUCAUGUCACUCCAUCAUGUGUGCAUAUUGUAGUAAACGUUUAAUGGGAGGUUAUUCAUUAAAAGAUGUUGAAUGUUUUUAUCCGACUGUUAGCAUAGUGACAGUCAGACACAUGUGUAAGAUAGAAAAUAUUUUUUAUCUUCAGUAAAUGAUGUUAAACCUUCAAGGCAGGGGAAAUUAAUAUUUUAUGCUUUUGUAACCUUUAAAGCCAAUAAGCCAGAGCCACUUUGAACAGCGCCAUCUCAUUACUCAUAUAGUACCUGUAUGAUUACCCAGCAUGCAACAUUCUGAUCAUGUAGUCUCAUAAUGCCAGCCCUCUACAAUGAUGAUUUAAUUUUCCUAUAUUAUUUUUAAACCACAAUAUUUGCCAAGUUAUAUUGUUUACAGCAUGCUUUUCAAGCAAUCUUUUUAAAGGAGAUUGAAACCAGUUGGAUUUAUAUACCCCCCC